AUGCUGGAAGUGAACCUCAGCUCCCUCCCCCCGGCCACCUACAUCCUGAGUGGCAUCCCAGGGAUGGAGACGUCUCAGGUCUGGCUCUCCAUUCCCUUCGGCCUGAUGUACGUUGUCACUCUCUUUGGGAACGGGAUCCUGCUGUUCAUCAUCCUGACCGAGCACAGCCUCCACCAACCCAUGUACCUCUUCCUCUCCAUGCUGGCUACAGCUGACUUACUCCUCUCCACCACCACCGUCCCAAAGAUGCUGGCCAUCUUCUGGUUCCAGGCCGGGGAGAUCUCCUUCGAGGCAUGCCUCACCCAGAUGUUCUUCAUCCAUGUGAUCUUCAUUGCUGAGUCUGCUAUCCUAGUGGCCAUGGCCUUUGACCGCUACAUCGCCAUCUGUGACCCACUACGCUACACCGCCAUCCUCACCAGCUCCGUCGUUGGGAAAAUUGGGCUGGCUGCCAUCGCCAGGAGCUUCUGCGUAAUUUUCCCUGUCAUCUUCCUUGUCAAGCGGCUGACCUUUUGCCAGCGCAACAUCCUCCCUCACACCUACUGUGAGCACAUGGGCAUUGCCCGGCUGGCUUGCUCCGACAUCACUGUCAACAUCUGGUAUGGCUUCAUGGUGGCCAUUCUGGCUAUUGGCCUAGACACCUUGCUCAUUGCAGCAUCGUACGCUCUGAUCCUGAGGGCCGUCUUCUGGCUCCCUUCCAAAGAGGCCCGGUGGAAGGCCCUCAGCACCUGCGGGUCCCAUAUCUGCAUCAUCCUGAUCUUCUACACACCUGCGUUUUUCUCAUUCUUUGCCCAUCGCUUUGGCCAACACAUCCCAGGUUACAUUCACAUCUCCCUGGCCACAUUAUAUGUACUUGUCCCCCCCAUGCUAAAUCCCAUUGUUUAUGGGGUGAAAACCAAGGAGAUCCUGAGAAGAGUGACCAGGCUGUUCUGCCCACGUUUCACUAGGCCAGGUAGCUAA